AUGUACACUCAGUUCUCAGUUGCCUUUAGCACCGAUCUUGGAGGAUCUAAUGUUGAGGGCAAGAAGGUACCAUAUCUAGUUAGCAUAACAGUAAACUCUAAACCGUUUUGUGGAGGUUCCAUCAUAGCGGAUCGUUGGAUAUUGACUGCAGCACACUGUUUUAGCGGGAAUAUGGUGAAAAAUGCAGCUGUUCGUGUUGAGACCAAUAAUUUUACUGCGAGUGGAACUUUAUACCGCAUCGAUCGUGCUAUAGCUCAUGAAACAUUUUUUCCGGGCGCAUUUCGUGACGAUGCUGGACUGCUUCGUUUGAGGAGCCCUCUGAAGUUUGGAGAGCGUGUUAAGAAGAUCGAAUUAUUGUUGCAGAUUGUUCCGAAUAAUGCCACACUGACACUUGUCGGUAGGGGUUCUAUUAGUCAAGAUCGCAAAAAACCAAAAAUAACUCAAAUUAUCAAAGCUAAAAACAUUGCCUUGAAGCUUUGUCGCAAGAUGCAACCAGAUGCUAUUUACCCUGGACAUUUGUGUACAUUUGCUAAAAAAGGCAAAGGCGUUUGUGAUGGUGACUCUGGAGGCCCAGUGGUAUGGUAUGGAAGACAGGUUGGCAUAGUCAGCUGGUCAAAAGGAUGCGCUGCGGGAUAUUCCGAUGUCCACGCGCGCAUCAGCUACUUCCUCCCAUGGAUUAAGGCAACGAUUGCAGCAAAUAGUGAUUAGGAUUGACCAGUCAUUCUAUGUGACCAUUGUAUUUCACAAAAGAUGAAGAAAACAAUAAAGUUUUAGUGAUACAAACAUACUGAAAUUCAUUAUGCUCCAAUGAGAUCAGAAAGAUAACAAAUUAAACAAAUCAAAGCGAUCGAUUGAGCGGGAAGGCGCCAUUUAACAUAACCAAUGAACAGACGAAG